GGGUUGGGACCCGCCUGCAGUCCCUGGGGAACUUCCUGUUGUCACCGCACGUCGUUGGGGUUAGUUAUCUAAGCUCUGAGUGUAGAGACUAAGACUCUGGGAAGAAAAUCCUUCUUGUGAAUGUGACACACAUGGGCUCCACUUUCCACAUGCUGAGAUUAUACUUCCUCCUCAGUUUGAUGUGCUUAGUGAGAUCAGACACAGAUGAAACAUGUCCUUCAUUCACCAAACUGAGUUUUCACAGUGCAGUGGUUGGAACGGGACUAAAUGUGAAGCUGAUGCUCUACACAAGGAGAAACCCAACCUGCGCACAAGCCAUCAACUCCACAGUUUUGGGGAACUUGAACGUGACUAAGAAAACCACCUUUGUGGUCCAUGGAUUCAGGCCGACCGGCUCUCCUCCAGUAUGGAUAGAGGACUUAGUAGAGGGUUUGCUCUCUGUAGAAGACAUGAAUGUGGUUAUUGUUGAUUGGAAUCGAGGAGCUACAACUGUAAUGUACAACCAUGCUUCUAGUAAGACCAGAAAAGUGGCAACAGUCUUGAAGGAAUUUAUCGACCUAAUGUUGGCAGAAGGAGCUUCUCUGGAUGACAUUUACGUGAUUGGAGUAAGUCUAGGAGCCCACAUAGCUGGGUUUGUUGGAAAGAUGUACGAUGGCCAGCUGGGGAGAAUUACAGGUCUGGACCCUGCAGGCCCUUUAUACAAUGGGAAACCUCCAGAGGACAGAUUAGAUCCCAGAGACGCACAAUUCGUUGACGUCAUCCAUUCGGACACAGACGCACUGGGCUACAAGGAACCAUUAGGAAACAUAGACUUCUACCCAAAUGGAGGAUUGGAUCAACCUGGUUGCCCCAAAACAAUAUUUGGAGGAAUGCAGUAUUUUAAGUGUGAUCACCAGAGGUCCGUGUACCUGUACCUUUCUUCCUUGAGAGAGAACUGCGCCAUCACCGCGUAUCCCUGUGACUCCUAUCGGGAUUAUAGGAACGGCAAGUGUGUCAACUGUGGCAUAUCACAGACGGAGCCCUGUCCCAUUCUGGGCUAUUAUGCUGAUAACUGGAAAGACUAUUUAAGGGAGGGGGACCCUCCUAUGGUUAAAGCAUUCUUUGACACAGCUGAGGAGAAACCCUUCUGCAUAUAUCAUUACUCUGUGGAUAUUAUAACCUGGAAUAAGAAUGUAAGAAGAGGAUCCAUUACAAUCAAAUUGAAAGACAAAGCUGGAAACACGACAGAAUCCAAAAUCAAUCAUGAACCUGCAACAUUUCAGAAAUACCACCAAGUGAGCCUGCUUGCAAGAUUCAGUCAAGAUCUGGAUAAAGUGGAAGCCAUUUCCUUGGUGUUCUCUACAGGAUCUGUAAUCGGCCCGAGGUACAAGCUCAGGAUUCUCCGAAUGAAGUUAAGGUCACUUGGCCAUCCAGAGAGGCCCCAGUUGUGUCGGUAUGAUCUUGUACUGAUGGAAAAUGUUGAAACAGUCUUCCAACCAAUUCUUUGCCCAAAGCUGCAGAUGUAAUUGUUGUCAGGACACCUGAGUACCAGUAACAUCAAGAAUGCUACAACUACAGGCUUUUUAAAGCUUCACUUCAUCUUUUCCUCAAGGCACAAAAAGUAUGGAAUAACCAGGGUUGUUUUUUUUUCUUUUACAGUAAUGUCCUAUGGAUGUCACACUGCAAAAUAUCAAACAACCUUGGAUUAUGAAACAGUCUUGGGAAGGGAGUCUCUAAGUAGGGCAAAUCAGAAAUAGCUAGGUUCCCGACAGCUCAGCACCGUGUUAGGCUGUGUCCUGGGGCCUCCUUUGUUCCGACCUGUCGAUUCUGCUUCUUGUCACUCGGAAAGUUCUGCCCAUCACAGUGGCCAUCCAAGCAUCUUAAGGGAAGGACUGGCUGGAGGCCUCACUUUGGACUUGACUCCAUGUUCCCCAUGCCAGAUCCUUCCAGGCUCUGCACGAAGAAGGGAAUGGAAACAGACCUACCUCACAGGGCUCUCGUGUAGGCUUGAGAGGCAAGACUGUGAAAGAUUCUUUGAAAUCCCCUGGGUGCCACUUCUGUGAGUGGCUUGAUACAUGUGAAUAUGCUUUUAUUUAUUUUGAUACGGGUUAUCUAAUGUGCAACAAGAGAGCUGCUCCUUAUCAACACCAGCUUCUCUCUUAGGCUAUUUGCUUUAGGAAGGCAGAAAACCAUACCCCUGGGUUUCUGCCUUGUUUAAAAUGGGUUAGUGCAGGAAGAGGUAGGGACAGACCAAGAGGGCAGCUGCUUGGACUAGACAGUAAGUGGAUGAGGGAAGAAGAGCAGAUGAAACAGAGGGGAAGCCCUGCUCAAAGGGACAAGGGAUAGGGCAGGAGGCAGGAGAGAGGAAGUGGAGCUUGUUUUUCACUUAAGGUGAAGAAGCAUCACUUUACAUGAACCCUCAUUUUAAGCAAUACUUAAUAAAUGUUUUGUUUUUCUUUUUUACCAAUGUAAUCUGUAAUUAUUAAAGGAAAUUUAGAAAUGCACAAAUGCAAAAUGAAAAUAUGCUAUCCAUAGUCCCAGGGCUUCCCUGGUGGCUCAGCGGUAAAAAAAAAGAAUCUGCUUGCCAAUGCAGGAGACGUGGGUUCGGUCCUUGGGUCAAGAAGAUCCUCUGGAGAAGGAAAUGGCAACUCACUCCAGUAUUCUUGCCCGGGAAAUCCCAUGGACAGAGGAGCCUGGCAGGCUACAGUCCAUGGGUUCUCAAAAGAGUUGGACACGACUUAGCCACUGAACAACAAUCAUCCAUCCAUUGUCCCACCUGUUAGAGGUAAUUUGUGUUACUGUUUUGGAGUGAUGCUAAAUAACCUGUUUGUUAACAUGUGAAUUCAAAGCACUAACUUAUUUGCUCUUGGAGCAUCUGAAGCUUCCAGUCUGAGAAAUUCUCAGGUUUCUCUAGGAAGAGGCAUGAUAUAUGAAUCUGGAAUGACAACAGCCAAGUCAAGAGGUCCCCCAAGGGCCAAGGUCAGAGGGGUCAGAACCGCGAGAGGGUGAUCCUUGAGCAGAUGCCCAGGAUGGAGACAGAGCCAAAGGGUGGACAGCACCCCUCCCCAAGCUGUGGGCACUGCUGGAAGGUUCCUGAAAGUCACAGGCCCACUAGCCUCCUCCCCAUCGAAGUGACUGCUCUUCUACUGCUUUCUGUGAAAACAGUCUUAAAUGGAAUGUCUGUUUCAUAAAUGACGGAACUCUGUAAAUAUUCUGUGUGGCACGUCUUAUCUUUAUUUAUACAUACACAGCAACUCCAGAGUCUGUUCCACUGAAGUGUGGGAUGCUUGCAGCGAAUGUCUGAACUCUGGAAGGAGGAAGGCUCAGCGAUGCUCCUGCCCACCUGGACAUUUUAUCAGCCUUCCUUCGUCCCAUGUUUCCAGCAGAGGUGGACUUAGAGAUCUGGAUGCUCAUAGGUUCUGAUUUCUUUUUAGAGUUUAACUGGUCCUGUAUUCUGAUUAGCAUAGUUACUUUUUUGUCCUCUUUGCCUUCCUUGGUAAGCAGGGGAUCAAAACAACAGCAGAAAAAUGCCAGGAACAGCAUUUCCAUCGAUUUAUAAGCUCCUCAGGCCAGUGGGUUUCUUUGAGUUUCUUCUCCUGGCAUCUCCUAGCAUGGUACCCACCUCACUGUGGAGUGGGAGGAUGCAUGAGCAAAUAAAUACAUGAAAGAAGCUUGGUCCCUGGAGUGGAGGUGGAUUUCAGUGAGUUUCACAUGAUAGUGAUCAGGUGAAAUGAAGGCAGUGACAGGUGUGACCACUCUCAGAAUCUUUCUUCCCAAGCCCCUGGAACUUUUGACUGUGUCUCCAGUUAUCCUCGCCUCUCUUCCUUCUCUUUGUCAGUGUAUUUGUCUGAAUCCCCAGCCAAAGAUGCAGUUAAACUGUAGCCUACGCUGUUCCCUCUUCUGUUCACUUGUAUCUCCUCCCACCUAGCGUUCUGACCUUCACUGGAUGGUCAUUUCCUCAGGGGAGUGUCCCCGGCCCUCAUUUUUCCAUAGAGCCUGCUGGACCUCUCCUUCCAUAGCCAUUUUAAUGUUGUUUUUUUUUUUUUUUUAAAACAUGUGUGUGUAUGAUUAUUUGAUUAAUGUUUGUCUUCUCCAUUAAACUGAUCUGCCAGGCA